AUGAACUCGCUGGUGCAGGCGGAGGAUCUCAAGGCAUUCGAGAGGAGACUUACUGCAUAUAUUCAUUGUUUGCAACCUGCCAGCGGACGCCGGAGAAUGCCUCUUGCAGUGGUAUCUGUCUGCACAGCUACUGGUGCCUGGGACUGGUUACUAGAUCCAGAGACACAAAAGGUGUCCUUCCUCACGACUUUAUGGAAUCAUCCAUUUUCCACUGGUUGCAUCACUCUGAUAGGCUUGUUCUUUGCUAGAAUGCACAAGGGAGUAGUUUCUACUCCCAUGAUAGCCAUGCGAUGUGGAACUAUGUUAGCAGAGUACAACAAGUCUUGUGAUGGCACAGGAACAUGGAUUCCGGAACGGGGGCCUCAUGUUCGGUGACCAUCUGCAGUCCCGGUAACGGGACCUACGGCAGCUUUUCUUCAGGAAGUGGCACAGCAGAAGCCAGAAGGGUUCCCUGUGCAGUUGGAGGUGGACGAUCAGAGCGACAGCCACCAAGACGCGUGUAAUGUGCACCCAGACAGCUUGGCCAUGGCCACUCGCAUGAUCAGCGCUGGGGGCUGUUUACCUAUCAGUAUCAGUGUCACUUUAGUACUUCACAUCUUGCAGAGAUUGUUGCAGAUGAAGUGUGUGUGUAUUUUACUAAGUUAAACUUAGAGACCCAUCCAGUUUUUAUCCUGUAUUUCUGCAAACUAUAAUACUGUAAAUAGCAAGUCAAGGCCAGUGUCACAGAGGAAAGCGUUAUGGGGAGUUGGUUCCCCUGCACCGGUUCUUCAGGAACAUCAGCCUGCCCUCUCCACGGCUCUUUAAAACCUCCUGUUACCUGCAGCGGAACCUGUCGUUCUCACACUCCUCUCUUUAAUCAGAAUGCAGGAAACCAUCCCGUUGGGCUUGGACUGAGGAAAACUCAUCUUCGUUAUGGUGUCAGAAAUCAUAGAUGUUUUCAGAAACAAUUUUGGUUAAACCAGAGAAUGAACUUCAGCCACUAUUAGGGAGAUAUUUCUCUAUUCAUUGUUUUCAUUUAAUGCUAAAUUUUGGCUACUUUAUAUUUUAAAAAUAAUUUUAGAAACGCUCCAGAGGAUUAAAAAAUAUCAGUUUAGUUAUAAAUUGUGUAUUGUCUGGGAAUCUGAGAGCUAUUGUUUUAGAUAAUUGGAUUUUAUGCUGUGAUCAACGUGCCAUUGCACUAGUAUUGCACAGUGUGCUUGAUCAUCCACUCCAUCACAAGGAGAACUGGGGGGCAGUGCCACAAAUGAGAGUCUACAAUUCUCACU